UAGCCUGACCACUUCUUGAUUCGCGGUAGUAUUUCCACCGCAUCACUUUUACAAUCCGAAAAUAGCACGAUGACUUUGCCAUUACCAAAAAGUCUUGGCAUGGCCCUUUUCGUCCUUGUGCUGUGUGCUUGUGCUUCUCAUGCCACAGCCCGGACGCUUACCGAAAUGACCAUGGCCGAGAGGCACGAGCAGUGGAUGGUUCGCCACGGGCGCGUGUACAAAGAAUCGGCGGAGAAGGAGCGCCGCUUUCAGAUUUUUAAGGCUAACGUUGAGUUUAUUGAAUCGUUUAAUGCAGGGAACAGUAAGUACAAGCUCGGCGUAAACCAAUUUGCUGACCUUACCAACGAGGAGUUCAAGGCCAUGAGGAACGGUCUUAAGCCUUCCGGUGUUAAGACGUCGAAGGCGACGAGUGUUUUCAGAUAUGCAAACGUUACGGCCGUGCCCACUCGCAUGGAUUGGAGGACUAAGGGUGCCGUCACCCCCAUCAAGGAUCAAGGCGACUGUGGAAGCUGUUGGGCCUUCGCUGUAGUUGCUGCAAUGGAAGGUAUCACGAAGCUGAAGACACAUAAAUUGAUCUCUCUAUCAGAGCAAGAGCUUGUGGAGUGUGACGUCGGUGGUGAGGACGAGGGCUGCAACGGUGGCCUCCCGGAUGCUGCAUUGGAAUUCAUCAUCAAAAAUGGUGGCCUCGCGACAGAGACCAACUACCCCUACAAAGGCAUGGACGGCACUUGCAACACCAAGAAGUCCGCCUCCCAUGCCGCCUCCAUCAAGGGUUACGAGCAAGUGCCGGCCAACAGCGAAGCAGCCCUUCUCAAGGCUGUGGCCAACCAGCCUGUGUCGGUUAACAUAGACUCUGGCGGUUCUUCCUUCCAAUUCUACGCGAGCGGCGUCUUCACGGGCGGCUCCUGCGAGACUGAUCUGGACCAUUCCGUGACCGCGGUCGGAUAUGGCAAGGCAAAAGAUGGGACCAAAUACUGGCUGGUGAAGAAUUCAUGGGGCUCCUCGUGGGGUGAGAAGGGAUACAUACGGAUGGAGAGGGAUGUGUCUGCCAAGGAGGGGCUCUGUGGGAUUGCCAUGCAGGCUUACUACCCUACUGCCUGAAUCACAGAUUGGUAUAUGUAUGUUCUUAUGAUGUCAGUGUCCCAUAUAUGCUAGUUGUGUACUUGUUGUAACCAAUCUUGCUGAUGCUCAUCGUAGAUUUGCAGCAAGACGGGUGUCCUACCUAGUUGUCCAUGUCAUCGUGUGUGUAUGUUUAAGUGUACCUCAAUUUGGAUGCCUAUAAUCCGAAUGAUUAAUAGUGGUUGAUUGUCUGAU